AUGGCCACCGAACACUCGGACGUACUGCUGCUGCUCACAGACGCCUUCGUGAAGCAAGGUGAGGCGCUCCACGACGUUCGUCGUGAGGUCUUCCGCCUCCUGGCCGAGGAGGCGUGGAAGGUGACGAUGCGCAGCCGCCAUUACCUCACGGCUCAAUGCCUGGACAUGCCCUGCGACUCUGCGUGGAUGGUCCUGUACAGAUACGAAACUGACAUCAACUUCCUCAACGCCACCAGCCUUACAAAGUACGUUGAACUGCAGGUGUGCUGCAUCAGAUGCGUAUAUUAA